AAAGAGCUCAGCGCUGAAUGAAGUGAAUCAGCCUCAGACUGCUAGAAUAGUAAGAACCUUUUCUCCCUGUCUGUCUCUCUCUCUCUCUCUCACUGUCUGUCUCUACAGUCCCAUCUCUCCUUCUCUCUCUCCAUUUCUUCUCUUUUCUCUCUCUCUCACACACACACACAGACAAACGGCAGUAUACUCCACCCGUCCAUCCACUGCACAGCCCGGUGAGGGAUCAGCUGGACAGGGAAAAGCUAUAGAUCAUGUUCUCUCAAGCAGAUCCAGCACAGCUCUGAGACAUCAGCCUCUGAGAUGAGACUCCAUCCAUCCUAAUUCUCUGUCCUCUAGAUCUGGACAGAAACAAAACAAAAUAAGGACUUUAGAGACAGCAAGAACUCUGGACAUCACAUCUGGACAGGAUUCUUGAACCCAAACCAGGUCCACAGGGACUUACGAGGGUGCUUUGGCAUUUGUUUUUCUAUCUUGUACGGGGCUGGCGAAGGGGCCGGUGAAAGUUAGCCAAGACGCCACGUGCCGUGCUCCGCGUGAAGAAUGCCCAGGCGCGCCUGCCCAAGCCGGUGGACACAACGCCGGCACCUACGCCGGGCCUUUACAUGGAGCGCUCACAGAGUCGCAUCAGCUUGUCUGCGUCCUUUGAGGCCCUGGCCAUCUACUUCCCCUGCAUGAAUUCCUUCGAUGAGGACGAUGGCGACCCAGAGGGCCGCAGGUUAAAGGGCAUCCAGAGGAGUACAGAGACAGGGCUGGCCGUAGAGAUGCCCAGCCGUACGGUCCGGCAGGCGAGCCACGAGUCCAUCGAGGACAGUAUGAACAGCUAUGGCUCGGAGGGAAAUCUGAACUACAGUGGAAUGUGUUUGGCAUCAGAUGCCCAGUUUAGUGACUUUCUGGAUGGGAUGGGACCCGCUCAAUUUGUGGGCAGACAGACACUAGCUACAACUUCAAUGGGAGAUGUUGAGAUUGGUCUGAUGGAGAGGAACGGACAGCUGGAGGUGGAGAUCAUUCAGGCUCGAGGACUCAUCAUGAAGCCCGGAUCUAAGGGCCCUCCAGCGGCCUACAUUAAAGUCUACCUUCUGGAAAAUGGCAUCUGCAUUGCCAAGAAGAAGACAAAGUCUGUCCGGAAAUCGUUAGAUCCCCUUUACAAUCAAGUCCUUGUUUUUUCAGAGAGCCCGCAGGGAAAGGUUGUACAGGUCAUCGUUUGGGGAAACUACGGCCGGAUGGAUCGUAAAUGCUUCAUGGGCGUGGCCCGCAUCCUAUUGGAGGAGCUGGAUUUGACAAACAUGGUGAUUGGCUGGUACAAGCUUUUCCCCACCUCUUCUAUGGUGGACCCCACGAUGACGCCGCUGAUCCGCCACUGCUCACAGCUGUCUCUGGAGAGCACUGUCGGCCCGUGCUGCGAACGCUCAUAAGACUAACAACUCAUCUAGAUUUAUCUUUUCUCUGGAAGGGCUCUCACAGCCCCCCGAUCCUAAGAGUGUUGGUUGUGCAUGACUGCGGCACCGGCACCCUCUGGAAUGUUCUAGAAUUUCUUCCGAACAAAUGACUUUUCUGGAAUAUUCCAGAAUUGACCACAGAGGGAAUGCUC